GGUUCAGCGUGGCGUUCUGGCAUACAUUCCGGGGUACUGGAGGAGACCCUUUUGGUGCAGCCACAAAGAACUGGCCUUGGGAGGAUGGCACCAAUUCCUUGGCCAUGGCUAAGAGAAGAAUGAAAGCUCACUUCGAGUUCAUGGAGAAGCUUGGAGUUGAGAGGUGGUGCUUCCAUGACAGGGACAUCGCCCCUGAUGGCAAGACACUCGCGGAAACAAAUGCUAACUUGGAUGAGAUAGUUCAGCUGGCAAAGCAACUCCAGAGUGAGACCAAUAUAAAGCCAUUGUGGGGGACUGCACAGCUUUUCAUGCAUCCACGUUACAUGCACGGAGCUGCUACUAGCCCAGAGGUCAAGGUGUAUGCUUAUGCUGCUGCUCAAGUGAAGAAAGCUUUGGAGGUUACUCACUACCUAGGCGGUGAGAACUAUGUAUUCUGGGGUGGAAGAGAGGGUUACCAAACUCUUCUCAAUACCGAUAUGAAGAGAGAACUUGAACAUUUGGCUAACUUUCUUCAAGCUGCUGUUAACCACAAGAAGAAGAUUGGCUUUAACGGAACAUUGUUGAUAGAGCCUAAACCACAAGAACCAACAAAGCAUCAGUAUGACUGGGAUGUUGCAACUACAUUCUCUUUCCUACAGAAGUUUGGUCUUACAGGAGAAUUCAAGAUAAAUGUCGAGUGCAACCAUGCUACUCUCUCUGGGCAUAGCUGCCAUCAUGAGCUUGAGACUGCACGCAUUAAUGAUAUUCUUGGAAACAUUGAUGCAAACACUGGUGAUCCACAAGUUGGUUGGGACACGGAUGAGUUCCUUACAGACAUUUCAGAAGCUACCUUGAUUAUGUCAAGUGUAGUUAAGAACGAUGGACUUGCACCUGGUGGCUUCAACUUCGACGCCAAAUUGCGGAGGGAGAGUACUGAUGUUGAGGACCUGUUUAUUGCCCAUAUCUCUGGGAUGGACACCAUGGCCCGUGGCCUCCGCAAUGUUGCCAAGCUGAUUGAGGAUGGUUCCCUGGACGAGCUUGUCCGCAAGCGCUACCAGAGCUUUGACACUGAGAUUGGCGCCAUGAUCGAGGCUGGGAAGGGAGACUUUGAAACGCUAGAAAAGAAGGUCUUGGAGUGGGGCGAGCCAACCGUUCCAUCCGGCAAACAGGAACUGGCUGAGAUGCUGUUCCAGUCCGCUCUGUAGAUGACAGCCCACGGUUCUAGGAAUAAAAGCAAGAGCACGCCUUCGAACGCCCAGUCGUCCUCGUCACUAUGGGUGAUGUUCUAUAGUUAGGCCUCCAUGCAAUGAACCCUGUAAACAAACUGCAUGGAGCUGAAAAUAAUGUAACCUUAUAUCAGAAUUAAACUUGUUCGCCAACAUGGAGUUGGGCUGAACUAUGUUCCAAUUUUC